AAAACCCCAGCAGGUUAGCCUCUGAUUAAAUAGGUUCUCCUGAGGGCAGACCUUGUUAAGAAGAACAAAAUGCUCUGGUGUAUUUCAAAAUGGCUCCUUUUCCCCACCCACUACCAGAGGCAUGGAUAGUCACCCUGAGGACCUAUGAGAGCUCCAGGAGCUUAAACAAAAUUGGGGAGCGAGGAAGAGGGGAUGGCUAGGUCCCUCUGACUUGUCCACACUGAUCCUUCACAUUUACCUAUCCUGGUAGUUGUUCCAUUGGCGGCUUCAGCAGCUACUUUCUGCUCUGUGGUUACCAAUGACACAGGAGCUGAGCUUCCAAAAAUUUAUUGAGCAAUCUGACUUACUAAGAGAACUUAAAUAUGACUUCAAUGAAAAAGCUGAAUUCAGACACACUGAGACACAAAGGCCUUUUGUCUUUAACUAUUAUGAAAAUGUGCUUGAGAAAAAUAGCAAGCGCUACCAGGCCCUUGGCCAUUUGCUUGAACAAUAUAUUUAUGAGCUUUUGGAGAAGGUGUGCAAAUUACAAAAAGUAUAUAUCCCACCUGAGGCUGAUAAAGAAGAACCAAGAAGCUUCUUUUUCAUGAGCGAGAAAGCAUUAACAAAUCACCAUUCUGCUCUUCUUGUCCUUCUUCAAGACCAUGGGGUCUUUCGAGCUGGUCAGUGGAGUCAGCAGGCAAUAAUACAUCAUGGUCUCCAACAUGGAAGUCAGAUACCAUGUAUUCAAAUGGCAUUGCAGGCACAUUAUGAUGUAAUUGUGCUAAACCCCAAUGAUAAUUUUGUGGAACUAAAGAUGGAAAAAGAGUGGCAAGGCCUUUUAACACAAAAUAUUGAGUCAUCUUCUCUAAAAAUGGUUCCAGGUGGGAACUUUUUCUCUCUCCAGCAUUCUCCCAAAUGCAUUCCAAAAAGAUGCAGCAACACACCCGAAGAACACAUGGCUUACAUAUGGGAUUACUUCAUUUCAAAGACUGAAGGCAAGGAUAUUGCCUUCAUUGUACAUGGUUAUGGAGGCUUGGUUUUUAUGGACUUGCUUGUUCGUAGAAGGUGGGAAGUGAUGAGCAAAGUAUAUGCUGUUGCACUUAUUGACUCUGAACAUCAUGUAGGACACCAGCUGGGAAGUGAUGUACAAUUAUUAGCAUGGAUAAAGCACCACUGCCGUGAAUGGGUGACAAGUCCUAAACCUUUGGAUAAACCUGCAGCUACUGUUUUCAAAAAGGAAUUUCCUAUGGUUUCUGCUGGUACAGAAAAGUACAGCUUAGCCCCUUCCUCUAGCCUUCAGUCAAUUUUUAAGUACUUUAAAAAAGCUUUAAAAGCCAGAACAACCAUUGAUUUCUCUCAAAUGCCAAUAGUGACUAGAGGUUCCUCAAAAAGAAAGCAAAGUGCUUAAACUACUUUUGUCAUCUAAGGUUUUUUUUGUCCUUCUGCAAUUUUGCUAAUAUAGAUUCUGGAAGGAAAAUAAAAACACUUUCAACUCACACACAAUAUGACGUUCUGGCUUGAGGUUUGAUUUGUUACUUUUUAUUAUUUUGUGUUUAUGAGGCAGGGUCUGACUUUGCUGCCCAGGGUGGUAUGGAAAUCUGGCUUCAAGCGAACCUCUCACCUCAGCCUCCCAAAGUGCUGAGAUUAUAGGCAUUAGCCACUGCACAUGGCCACAGUUGUUGCUUUUUUUUUUUUUUUUUUUUUUUUUUUUUUGAGGAGGAGGAGUCUCACUCUGUAGCCCAGGCUGGAGUGCAGUGGCAUGAUCUCAGCUCACUGCAACCUCUGCCUCCCGGGUUCAAGCAAUUCUCCUGCCUCAGCCUCCCAAGUAGCUGGGACUACAGGCACGUGCCACCACGCCCAGCUAAUUUUUGUAUUUUUACUAGAGACAGGGUUCUGGCAUGUUCCCCAGACUGGUCUAGAACUCCUGACCUCAGGUGAUCCACCCACUUUGGCCUCCCAAAGUGCUGGGCUUACAGGCAUAAGCUACUGCACCCGGCCAUUUUGUUGCUUUUUUGAAAAGUGAAUAUAUUCUCUUUUGUAGCCUAUUGAUGAACUGGGAAUUCGGUGCCAUCAUUAAUAUUUUACAGUGUUAGUUAAGUGUGAAGAUCUUUCUUUUAAAAAGCUAUGGUUUGAUAUAAUGACAGCAAAAUGGCAAUUGAUAAAAAUUAGAUAUUGAAUCAAUCUUUGAUUUCUGUAAUAUUAAUACCAUAGUAAAAUUACAAGUGAACAUAAAAAUUAAACAUCAUAAGCAAACUGCAUUCUUUGUAUGUUUAUGUUUUUUGUUAAAAUUUGUUGUACUCCCUGUUCACCAGGUCUGAAGAAAAAAAAAUGUUUUAAU